AUAGGGCAACCCAUUUUCCUUGUUUUUUUUUUUUUUUAUAGAAUAAACAACACAAUGAAGAAGUUUCAACAGAGGGCUUAUAAGCGUAGAUGGGCUGCCACAACUAGGCAUUUGAAGAAGCAAUGCCGACAGUCAACUUUAGAAUUAGAGCGUGAUGAUAGCGAGCAAGAGAAUGACACGACAAUCUUUACAACUCCAGAAACAGUGACAACCCUUCAGUACAUGGAUGCUGCGGAGACUGCUUCCUGCACUGCCGCGGGUGCUGACAAUGCCACCUACAGUGGCCCUGAUAGUGAUGAGCCUGAUGAAAAUGAUGCUGAUUGGAGACUAAUCGACCAUCAUGUCACCUUGUCAUCUGAUUCAGAAAAUGAGAGUGAUAGUGACUGCUUUGAAGAUAUUUUGAGGUCUGGAUUAUUUUAUCUUCAGAAUAGCUUCUGCUAUUGGCCAAAGCCAAAUCCUACCCACUCCAGAAUCCGGAGAGCUGAGAUUCCUGACAAAGAAGUCUGGGAUAGGCUGCCAAUUCGGGUUUUCAGGAAAACAUUGACUGAAGACUUUGACAAGGCCCUUCAAUAUGAAAAACAAGCUGAAAUGUUUUCGAGCCCAAAGGAAGAAGAAAUGUCAACCAAAUGGAGCCACAUCACCCCUGAACGUUAUAGAAACGAUGAGGAAGAUGUGUUUGAUGCUGACGGUUAG